AUGUUCUCUCCCGAGCGAAGACCGCAAGGCAGCCCCGAAGCGGCGGCGGUGUAUCCUCGAGCAGCGGAUUGGUUUGCUUCGGAACCGUCCAACGAAGAGCCGUCAAAGCUCGGUGGGCGCGAGUCGCGGCCCAAGCCCCGGGCAGCGAAGGCCGGAGAUACGUGCUGGGGCGACGCGGGACACUCCACCGCCUUGAUGGACAGAGGAUACGAAACUUCUUUAUGCAAGGGCACAUAUUUAAGAGUAGCGCCGAGUUGGAUCCUGAAAUGGCUCAGUCGGGGGAUCCCGAAGAUGGGCGGCGAUAAGGAAGGCCGCUCCCAACAAAGACGUGUGAUAUCGGGCGUGGUUCGGCGAAGACCGGCGUCAAGUGUUCAGCUGGGACCUGCAACAUUGGGCCAACAGGAAAACGGUGUUGGUGCUUGGUCAAAGGCUGCUGAUGUCGAUCGCCUAGCGACAAGGCCGUAUCCGGCAGCAGCGUCCCUGGGCGGCCUGCAGAGCGGUGCGGUGUGGGCGCGCUCAUGUUGCUGCACGAGACUGGAGCGAAUAAACGGACACAAGGGAACCCGGCGAGGCCGCCAGGGGCUGCUCGUGAUGGAUGCCAGGAUGCAGCCGAUAUUUUCAGCGGCGCAGGGGUCUGGCGACUGCCAGGCGAGGCUUGUAUGGGUGGGGCGAGCAGACGGCCGUCACUCGCUCCAACCUAUCCUCAUCCAACACGCAGUUCCCGUCUGGCAGGGCACCCUUCCAAAGUCAGUCCAAGCCAUCACGCGGCGCAUGACAAGGCUUGAGCUGAGCCGACCUGUCCGAAUCGGGAGCUUGGGCAUGGUGGGGUCGCUUUGCUGGCAGCUGGGUUGA